AUGUCCCUCCAAGAGAUUCAAUAUUUACGUCGGCGCCUUGAAGAGGAGCAACAAUUGCGAGAAAAGGAACAGCGACUCAGAGAACAAGCCCAACGGUCACAGAUCCAAGCAGAAGAACAACUGAAGCUGCAGACCCAAGAGACGACGCUCCCCGAAUUUCUUGAUGCCUGCCAUGUGCACCUAUUCCUCGGGCUAUCUAUUCAAAAAGACAGGGACUCGUCCACAAAAGGCGAUCCUGCAAACGCCGACCGUAAGCUCCGCCCGACCAAGGUUCGCGAGUGGACCAGCUUCCCGAGGGAGCAGGCUGGGAUAUGGGAAGAUUUGAUGGACACAGAUUUUGCGACAGAGCGUCAUUUUACGCCUUUAUUGGCACUGAAAGAAUAUGGGAAGGAGGCCCGGGAGAGGAUGGUGAGCUCCGAAUUGGAUUUGGGCUACUUUCAGAGACAGACCGUGGAGCACGACGGACGCUACACGCGAACCCCCGACUCCGACAAGUCUUCUGCUUGA